AGUCAGCUGUGUUGGAUUUAGUUUUAUUUAGAAUUUUUCUGUAAAAAUGAGUGAAAGUGAAGAGUUCUGUAUUCCCUGCGUGGACAACGAUGACUGGGAACCCACACCGGAAGAAUUGGAAGCAGCCUACGUCCAGCUAGAAAAAGGAGCUGUACUUGAACUGGAAUGGAAGUGCCCAGCUCGAAGGGCUCCUGAGUCGAAUCUUCCGGAAGAGGAACCUCCUCAGACUGCUGAACAAUCUGAGAAAGAAAUCCCAAAUGCUCCAAUAAAUAAGGAAUUCGACUUCAUGGAUGAGACUCCCUUGACCUCAACACAGAUCCGCGUCAGGACUCCAAAUGCAACACCCAAAAAAAAGAAAACCACAAAUUUUGCUGGAGUUCUCGACACAAUGAAGAAACAUGGGCGUUUUAUGGCAACAGCUCCAAAUGCCGGUGGGCCCUCUUCAGUCAACAAGGAGCCCUUAUCUGAAAAUUAGAUUUUAGUCAUCGAAGUAUUUUGCAAC